AUAACGACCGUCCUGAUAGUGAUAUGCUGGUAGCCAAGGGCCGUGACCAAACGACGUCGUCAAUCCUUUUUUAAAAAUUGGAUUCAAAUGCAGGAACCCAACAAACCGAUAGUUUACUCUCACGGCCGGCUUUCGAGUUUGUCCGGUACUCAUCGCCUCUACUCCUCCUCCGGAAUCUGAUUCCAUUAACAUCACCAUGCCAAUAAUCUCUCUCCUAGAGUUUCAGUUUCAGCUUCAGCUCUUCACUCAUGGCCUCUCCCUUUGCCGCCGUUUCUCUCUCCUUUUUCCUCUUCUCCUUUCUCUCAUUCGCCCAAUCAUCUACCAUCGGAGUCACCUACAUUUCUCGCCUCCUCGAAAUCCAAGACCGCGAGAGAGCCCCACCGUCCGUGCAAAUUGCUGCCGCCUACGGCGUUCUCCACAGGCUUCUUCCCUCUCACUCCUCCAGCUUUGAGUUUGGCAUAGUCUCCAAGGAGCAAUGUGGUGGAGACUCUUGCUUUAUGAUUAGCAAUCAUCCUUCUUCCAGUGGACAUGGGGCUCCAGAAAUUUUAAUUACUGGGGUCACUGGGGUGGAGAUUAUGGCUGGUUUGCACUGGUACUUGAAGUAUUGGUGUGGUUCACACAUAUCUUGGGAUAAAACUGGUGGUGCACAACUACUUUCAGUACCUGACUCAGGCUCUUUCCCCCGUGUUCAAGAGGCUGGUAUCUUGAUUCAGAGACCUAUUCCUUGGAACUACUACCAGAAUGCUGUUACAUCUAGCUAUACUUUUGCUUGGUGGGACUGGAAAAGAUGGGAAAAGGAAAUUGAUUGGAUGGCUCUCCAAGGCAUCAAUUUGCCUCUGGCAUUUACGGGGCAAGAGGCCAUUUGGCAGAAAGUUUUCCGGAAUUUCAACAUUAGCCAUUUGGAUUUGAAAGAUUUCUUUGGAGGCCCUGCAUUUCUAUCAUGGUCACGAAUGGGAAAUUUGCAUGGGUGGGGUGGACCACUGCCACAAAGUUGGUUAGAUCAACAAUUACUUCUACAAAAGAAAAUUCUUGCUAGAAUGUAUGAGCUUGGAAUGACUCCAGUCCUUCCAGCCUUCUCUGGAAAUGUUCCUGCAGCAUUGAAAUAUAUAUUUCCAUCAGCAAAAAUAACACGCUUGGGGAAUUGGUUUACUGUUGGGGGUAAUCCCAGAUGGUGCUGCACUUAUCUUCUUGAUGCAACUGAUCCCUUAUUCAUUGAAAUUGGGAAAGCUUUCAUCCAGCAACAAUUGAAAGAAUAUGGAAGGACUGGACAUAUAUAUAACUGUGAUACUUUCGAUGAGAACACUCCACCUGUUGAUGACCCAGAAUACAUCUCUUCAUUAGGUGCAGCAAUAUUUAGAGGAAUGCAGAGUGGUGAUAGCAAUGCUAUCUGGCUAAUGCAGGGAUGGCUGUUUUCGUAUGAUCCAUUCUGGAGGCCUCCACAAAUGAAGGCACUUCUGCAUUCUGUUCCUAUGGGAAGGCUGGUUGUCCUUGAUCUAUUUGCUGAAGUGAAGCCUAUAUGGAUUACUUCAGAGCAGUUCUAUGGUGUUCCUUACAUUUGGUGCAUGCUGCACAAUUUUGCUGGGAAUAUUGAGAUGUAUGGGAUUUUAGAUGCAGUAGCAUCUGGUCCAGUUGAAGCUCGUACUAGUGAAAACUCAACAAUGGUUGGUGUUGGGAUGUCAAUGGAGGGUAUUGAACAGAAUCCUGUUGUUUACGAUCUCAUGUCUGAAAUGGCAUUUCAACAUAGCAAAGUUGAUGUGAAGGUGUGGAUUGCUCUGUAUUCAACCAGACGUUAUGGGAAAUCCGUUCCAGAAAUACAAGAUGCCUGGAACAUAUUAUAUCAUACAGUUUAUAACUGCACAGAUGGUUCCUAUGACAAAAACAGAGAUGUGAUUGUUGCAUUUCCAGAUAUUGAUCCAUCCUUUAUUCCUACACCAAAAUUAUCCAUGCCCGGAGGUUACCACCGCUAUGGAAAAUCAGUGUCAAGAAGAACAGUCCUAAAGGAAAUAACUAAUUCCUUCGAGCAACCUCAUCUAUGGUAUUCAACUUCUGAAGUGAAAGAUGCGUUGGGACUUUUUAUUGCAAGUGGAGGUCAAUUAUUAGGAAGUAACACUUACAGGUACGACCUUGUUGACUUGACAAGGCAAGCUUUGGCAAAAUAUGCAAACCAACUGUUCUUAGAGGUAAUAGAAGCCUAUCAGCUAAAUGAUGUCCGCGGAGCUGCUUGCCACAGCCAGAAGUUUCUAGAACUUGUGGAAGAUAUGGACACUCUCUUAGCUUGCCAUGACGGGUUUCUUCUAGGACCUUGGUUAGAAAGUGCCAAGCAACUAGCCCAAGAUGAACAACAAGAAAUACAGUUUGAAUGGAACGCGAGGACUCAAAUUACGAUGUGGUUCGACAACACAGAGGAUGAAGCAAGUCUUCUUCGGGAUUAUGGAAACAAGUACUGGAGUGGACUGUUACGAGAUUACUAUGGUCCCCGAGCAGCCAUAUAUUUCAAAUAUUUAUUAGAAAGUUUGGAGACUGGCAAUGAAUUUGCUCUGAAAGAUUGGAGGAGGGAAUGGAUCAAGCUCACAAAUGAUUGGCAAAACAGCAGGAAUGCUUACCCGGUGAGAAGCUCAGGAAAUGCUAUUGACACAUCCCGACGGCUCUACAACAAAUAUUUGCAGGAUCCUGAGAUUUACGAUCUCUGAGUGACUGGCUUUGUAAAAUAACAAAUCGAAUGAACUUCUAAAUGUUUGACUAACUUUGAAAUGCUUUUCCAAACGUACCAUUCUGCUAGAACGGGUCCAUCCACAGUUCUCCCUUUUCUUAACGGAUUUGCUAAUGUACUCGUAGAUGGGUCAGGAAAGUUCUUGGUAAAGGUUUGGGGUGGUCGCGUGGCUGCCAAGGAAUUCCUUCUUUCUAAUAAUUCCUAUGUUGCCUAAUAUAAAGAGAUGGGCGCUGGGCGCAAGGCUUUGACAAUCAACAGCCGUCCGGAUUGUUCCAGAACCUGACGGCAGACGCGCUUAAAUGAAUUCAUGAUCCUAUCCUCUGUAUAUGUGACAGCUAAUUGCCAAUAGACCUAAUCAAAUGCCAAUGGGUAAGGGUAUUUGGGUCCUUUCAAAAAUAAUUACUUUGACUUGUUAUAUGCCCCCAUCCACUCGUGUUGAAUCAGACAAUUGUGACAUUCUUGACUCCUUAAACCAGGACCCUUCCCUAUAAAAGGCAUGGCAUAUUAACCUAAGGAAAGACGUAAUAGAAUUCCUUACAAUCUCUCUUCAUAUUUCUCCUUUUCUGAAAAGGCUUUUCAGUUCGUUUGGCGAAGCAAAGCUUAAUUCUUAAGGUGUGGAGAUGGAGAACACAUGGGCCGAUCAGUGGGACUACAACCCGGACCCAGCAGCAGACAAGAAGGGCAAGAGUGGAGGCGGAGCAGCCUCUAAAUAUGGGAAGAAGGUGGGAGAAGGGCUGGGGAAGACGAAAGUAGCGGCUUCACAUGGGCUGAAGAAGGUGAAGGCAGGAUCCUCAGUUGGCCUUCAGUGGAUCAAAGAGAAGUACCAUCAGACCACCCAUAAGUAGUGAUGAAGGACGGACGACUGACUCUUCAUUUAUUCAAUCUUUGAUCACUUGAUUUGCCGUUGGUCUUUUUAAUUGAUUCGUUUGUGCAGAAUGUUCAGAACUUGCAGGAUUUUAAUAUGAUUUUAUGCUUCUCGUUUA